CAACGGUGUCAUUGGCUGAGGUAUUUUUUCCUGUUUCGCGAUCCGCGGUCGGUCUGUUCCGCAGUUGCACCCGGAAUCCAGUAUUUAACCCGGAAAAUUCGCCUCCCAGGGAGCGUACUUGCCGGACACUUGCCAUGGCCAGCCUGGAGCGUCACACGCCCAAAACGGUUACACCCGUGGCGCGGCAGCCCAGCCUGGACGACAUGAAUCUGGACCAGUUCCUGAAGAUCUCGAACUACGAGGACACCGUCAAGCAGCUGGACAUUUACUACGGAAUUGUCAAGCGGCAGCUGUUGCAGUUCCAGAGUCCAAUUACGGGCCUUUUCCCGGUGCUGAGCACGGACAAGGAGGUCGGAAGCAUCCGGGACAGUGUUUACUGUGCGGCCUCGAUUUGGAGCUUGUACCAGGCUUACAGACGCAUUGACGAUGACCGCGGCAAGUCGUACGAGCUGGGCCAGUCCGCGGUCAAGUGCAUGCGCGGAAUUCUCGAGUGCUGGAUCAAACAGGCCCACCGCGUCGAAAAGUUCAAGUCGCGCCAGUGCGCCGUCAACGCGCUGCACUGCAAGUUCCACCUGCACACGGGCGAGGAAAUCUACGCGGACGAAAAGUACAACCACCUGCAGAUCGACGUGGUGUCCAUCUACCUCAUCUUUCUGGUGCAGAUGAUUUCCUCGGGGCUGCAGAUCAUCUACACCCAGGACGAGGUCGCGUUCGUGCAGAACCUGGUGUACUACGUGGAGCGUGCCUACCGAACGCCCGAUUACGGGAUGUGGGAGCGCGGUUCGAAGUACAACGACGGCACGCCGGAGAUUCACGCCUCGUCGAUCGGGAUGGCCAAGUCGGCGCUGGAGGCGAUUAAUGGGUGUAAUUUGUUUGGGGAGAAGGGCGCUUCGUGGAGUGUGGUUUAUGUGGAUAUUGACGCGCACAACCGCAAUCGGAGCAUCUUUGAAACCAUGCUACCUCGUGAGUCUAGCUCGAAGGGAGUGGAUAGUUCGCUGAUUCCGACGCUGUCGUUUCCGGCCUUUGCCUCGCACGAGGAGCGGCUGGUUGAUUUGAGCAAGAACAAUGUGGUGGUGAGGCUGAAGGGCAAGAAGGGCUUCAAGCGGUUCAGCCGGGAUGGGUAUUUGUCGCGGUUGGAGGACAAGACGCGCCGGUACUACCACAAGGGUGAGAUCAAGGACUUUGAGGGGUACGAGUGCGAGUGGCCCAUGUUCUACACGUACAUGAUCAUCGACGGGGUGUUCAAGAACAACCUGGAGCAGAUCGAGGAGUACCAGAUGGAGCUGAGGAAGUGCAUGUACUCGGACAAUAAUGGAGACCCGGUGGUCUCGAUGUGCUACGCCCCGGACAGUGACGGCAUGUACACCCGGGCGCCCUCCCAAUCGCUGUUCCUGUGGGGCCAGUCCGUGUUCAUCAUUGCCCAGCUCCUGACGGCCGGUCUGCUGCACAUCAACGAGCUGGACCCGAUCCGUCGCUAUCUGCCGUCCUACAACCGGCCCCGCAAGGGUGGCCGCUACUCGGCGUUCCAGGCUAAGCCGGGAAUACGUACCAAAAUUGGAAGUGCCCUAGCCGUAAUGCAUCACCAGCUGUUGCCAGCGUCGCCCGCCAAGGUUCCCGUCGCGGACAGCAACGGGAACGCGGGCGACGGCGACGACAGCAAGGACACGGACCAGGACCAGCGGUCCGAAGCGUCGGAACCGCCGCCGGAGAAGACUGGCACAGCAACCGACCUGGUCGUCCAGAUUGUGCUGAUUGCGGAAUCGAUGCGUCUGCAGGCCAUGAUGGCCACCUACGGCAUCCAGACGCAGACACCGCACGAGGUUGAACCGGUUCAGAUUUGGUCCUCGACGCAGCUGAUCAACGUGUACCAGCAGCUGGGAGUGAACGACAAGAUCGGGCUGACCGGGCGGCCGCCGCGUCCCGUCGGUUCGCUGGGCACCAGUAAGGUUUAUCGAAUCUGCGGCAUGACGGUUCUCUGCUACCCGCUGAUCUUCGAAGUGUCCGAUUUCUACCUCUACCGCGAUAUGGCCUUGCUGAUCGACGACAUCAAGACGGAGCUGCAGUUUGUGGGCAAGUACUGGCGCCUGUCGGGACGUCCGACGGUGUGUCUGCUGAUCCGCGAGGAGCACAUGCGUGAUCCUCAGUUCAAGGAGAUGAUCGACCUGUUGGCCAUGCUCAAGAAGGGCUAUUGCGAUGGCAUGAAGGUCCGCAUCGGUCGGCUGCAGAAUCUGAUUUCGAGCUCUUGCAUUGAACAUCUGGACUUUAUGUCCCAGUCGGACCUGCCCGAUACGAACGAAUCUUCGUUUGCGCAGAUCCAUCACGAUUACAUCGGCUAUCAGAGCUUGACGGAUGUUCCGAGGGCGCAGUCGUACCGCGAGAAGAAGAUCUCGGCUGCUGAGUACCAGAACAUGCCAACUGUCGACAUUAUCGACGGUCUGCGUAAUACGGAAUCGAUCUUCUUGAAGUGUCAACUGCUCGGCUUCAUUCUUCACCGCGAGGGAGCAAACUACGAAAUCAACGGCGAUUCAGUGCACACCCUCCUGACCGAUCUGUACUAUCGUGCCGGAACGCUGCGCUACUGGCGAGCGGUCCGCUACUGCAGCUCUCUUCUCCGACACAUUGUCGACUCGAUCUCGCCGUUCAUCACAACGGUGCUGGUCAACGGCAAACAGAUCACGGUCGGUGUCAUCGGGCAGCGCGAAACUGUCUUCGACAAGCCGAUGACUCCGUCCGAGAUCCAGAACGUAAUGUAUUCAACUGUACAACCGUACGACGUGAUCUACGCCGUACUGCAGCAAGAAGUGGUGCUCUACUGCGGCCGACUGAUCGCUACCAACCCGGACAUUUUCAAGGGUAUCCUCAAGAUCCGUGUCGGCUGGGUGCUAGAAGCUAUGCGGCUGUACCUCAACAUGACCGGCGAUGAAGGCGCCGACAUCGAGAACCUCUCGCCGUUCCAAAUCCGCAAGCUGCUCCAGCGGGUCGUCACCGUUAGCCAGUGGGCCCAAGAAGAUCAUUUCAGCGCCCUGCAGCGUCGCCAGCUCGAGGGUUGCCUCUUCCGAGUUCCUCCCACCUUCUACAACCACGUCUGGGACGUCCUGGAGCGAACCCCGCUAGGCAUAACCGUCCAGGGCCACAACCUACCAGCGACGACCACGCUCACCAACAAGAGCCGCAGCGAGUUCUCGUUCGCGCUCCAAGUCGAAGAGAUGCUGAACAAGAUCGUCCAACCCGAACGCCGCCAGAUCGCCGUCGAACUGCUCUGCAUCGUGGCGACCAUCCUGCGCCGCAACCCGGAACUGCGCUUCAACCAGAUCCUCGAUCUGGACCUCCUGCUCGAGGACUCCUUCUCGAUGUACUGCAAGGACAACAACCUGCAGCCGACGAAGGACAUUGCACCGCUGUUUUCGCUGUCGCAAACGACGACCACCGGCUAUCUGGCCCGGGCCGCGGUCAACAGCGUGCUGCAGCGGUGCGCCCUGUCCACCGAGGACUUUGCCGAGGACGUGGAGGACCACUGCCGGGUGCAGUGAGAAGGGGUUUUUUUCGUUCUUUCUUGGUGCUUAGGAUAGUUUGUGUUUUUUUAGUAAGAUAAAAGUUUAGAUUUUAUAUUACAGUUUUUUUUUACAUCAGUUGCGCGCAGCUCGAAGGUUCAGUUUUACUGGUUUCGCUAAAAAUAUUACGUUUCCAAAGAUUUGCAUGCAGAUGCUUUUUAAACAUGUUUUGGCCAUUGAAAAGUUUAACAAUUUGAGCUUCGAAAGCUUUUUUUAUAUAUCAAACAAACAAAAACUUACUACAGCAUUAGGACCGUGACAUAGAAUAGCUUAUGUGUAGUUGUUUGUAGGUUUACAAAAUAAAAUAAAACAAUUAACAAGUUAUGUAUUGAA